GGUGCACCGUGUCUCGCAAACAUCCGCUGAAGCAACAGGAUUAUGAAAGCAUGAUUAGUGACCGCUUUCUAACUGCGCCAGCGGCUGGACAGAUGGUCCGCCUUGGAUGGCUUAUUUAGGACCUCGGCUGGGACCGUCACGCGUCUUCCUCCCCAGUGUGUCCGCGUUCAGACUCCUCGGCUCGGUCGGGAUGGACGACAUGGGUCUAGGGGUGAGUCGUUCCUCGCUGGAGCGGCUCGACUUUGACAACGUCGCCCUGAAGAAACUUCCUCUGGAUCCGUCCGAGGAGCCCGGGGUGCGGCAGGUGAAGGGAGCGUGUUUCUCCAGGGUGAAGCCGCAGCCGCUGACCAAGCCCCGGUUCGUGGCGGUGUCGCAGGAAGCCCUGGCACUGCUGGGGCUGGACGGAGAGGCGGUCCUGAACGACCCCCUGGGGCCGGAGUACCUCAGCGGGUCCAGAGUGAUGCCCGGAUCCGAGCCGGCUGCGCACUGUUAUUGCGGCCACCAGUUCGGACAGUUCGCCGGGCAGCUGGGCGACGGGGCGGCCUGCUACCUGGGGGAGGUGAAGGUGCCAUCCGCGCAAGAUCCAGAGCUGCUCCGGGAAAACCCCAGCGGCCGGUGGGAGAUCCAGGUGAAAGGAGCCGGACUGACCCCUUACUCCAGACAGGCUGAUGGCCGUAAAGUCCUGCGCUCAAGUAUCAGAGAGUUCCUGUGCAGUGAAGCGAUGCACUUCCUGGGUGUUCCCACCACCAGAGCCGGUUCUGUAGUGACCUCUGACAGCAGGGUCAUACGGGACGUUUACUACAGCGGGAACCCUCGUCAUGAGAGGUGCUCUGUCGUCCUCCGCAUCGCUCCUACUUUCCUCAGGUUUGGAUCCUUUGAGAUCUUCAAGCAGGCCGAUGAGUUCACAGGCCGCCAGGGUCCGAGUUAUGGACGUGACGAGAUUCGGGGUCAGAUGAUGGAUUAUGUCAUUGACAUGUUCUACCCCGAGAUUCAGCAGAACUACCCGGACCGGGUGGAGAGGAACGUGGCAUUCUUCAGAGAGGUGAUGCUUCGUACGGCUCGACUGGUGGCUCAGUGGCAGUGUGUCGGAUUCUGUCAUGGGGUCCUGAACACAGAUAACAUGAGCAUCCUGGGGGUGACGCUGGACUAUGGUCCAUAUGGCUUCAUGGACAGGUUUGAUCCAGAUUUCAUUUGCAACGCCUCCGACAACUCUGGUCGGUACUCUUACCAGGCCCAGCCGGCGAUCUGCAGGUGGAACUUGGUGAAGCUAGCGGAGGCUCUUGCUCCAGAGCUGCCACCGGAUCGGGCUGAAGCUGUUAUGGACGAGUACCUGGAUCUGUUUAACCGCUUUUACCUGGAGAACAUGAGGAAGAAGCUGGGCUUGCUGAAGAAGGAGGAACCUGAGGAUGAGCUCCUGAUCACUCAGCUGCUGCAGACGAUGCACAACACAGGUGCUGACUUCACCAACACCUUCCGUAGCCUGAGUCAUAUUUCCUGCCCCACUGAGGGACAAAGCGAAGGAGACGAGGAUCUCGCAAAGAAAGCCACAGACCUCCUGCUGGAGCAAUGUGCCUCCUUAGAGGAGCUCAAAGCUGCCAACAAACCCUCUAUGGAUCCACGUGAGCUGGCGAUGCUGCUGUCUAUGGCUCAGAGCAACCCAGCGCUGUUCCAGAUGAUCUCAGACAGAGCAACAAUAGUGAGACAGUUAGAACGACUGAGCAGACUGAAAGACCUGAUGGAGACGAGCCAGGAGGAGCUGAGAACCAAACACGCUGAGGAGUGGACCUCCUGGAUCACACGCUAUAGGAAACGUCUGGCUCUGGAACUGGAGGGCCAGAGCGAUGUGCAGGCCGUGCAGGAGGAGAGGGUGAAGGUGAUGGGCAGCGCCAACCCUCGAGUGGUGCUCAGAAACUACAUUGCCCAGAAUGCCAUAGAGGCCGCUGAAAACGGUGACUUCUCUGAGGUCCAGCGAGUCCUCAAGGUUCUGGAGAAGCCGUUCUCCGAUCAGCCGGGUUUGGAGCUUCCUGCCUGGAUGGGUGGAGACGGAGCCACGGCACAAGCAGAAAGAGACGAAGGAGAGGAGCAACAGCAAGAAGCAUCUACGUCUACGUCUAGAAACGCCGUCCCCUAUGACAGCAAGCCCCCUGCUUGGGCCCAAGAAAUCUGUGUCACAUGAUCUUCGUAAUCACUUCCUUGACUGCUGGUUGUCCUGCUUAAAGUAAUAAGAGAGUUUACUGGUGUUUAACUCAUAUAUUUUUACCUUUUAUAUCCCACCACACACUCUUCUAGCCAAACUCUGCAUUUCUUUGGCAGGCAGCAUCAAGGAAGUUAGCAUGAGGCAGGACACCUCAUAGGUGAGCUAGAUGGCACAAAGCAGACAGGAAGUGUUGAGUUUGGUUGCACAGAUACAAAAAAAUCCAAUCUUACCAUAUCUGGGGAGAAGAGAAUCUGUGAAAUGGCUUUUAAAUUGUAGGUUGCUUCCAAGUUGCAGUGAGUUUUAAUGCCAAAAGUUGGUAGAUGAGGUCAGUUGACGAUUCCUGAAGGGAAAAAGGUUGGAUUUUUAUACAAUACUGUGCACAUGUGCAAUUUAUUAUGCUGUAUAGAAACUCAGCUUGACAUAUUCUGUCUGUUUGGUGUUUAGUAGCUAUUAAUGAUGAGUCAGACAACAAGUCCGCCAGCGACCUGUCUGACUCUGACGAACCGUGGGGUGUCGCCUCAACAACAUACCAAAUAAUAUGACGUGUUUGUGUGUGAGAGUAAUGAUGAUUUUAUGUCUGCAGGUGAAAGGGAGCAAUUGCACUUAAUUAAAAAAAAAAAAAAAAAGCCGCAGUAGGGAAACACGCACAAUAUAUUUUCCAAUUAUAAAAAUGGUUGCCUUUUGCCAUUGUCAUAGCACCACGAUCAUAACUCACCUUUUUAGUUAUCCGCUAUAUCCAGUAACCAUUGUGACUUCAACAAACAAGUUAUGGGAAGGAAAAAUAUGAGAAUUUCACUAACCAGGCUUGUGGUUCUUCAAAAAGAGGAAGUUUAGAGUAAAUUUUGCCACAGAUAUGAUUUUGAAUGAAGGGAAAACCCCUGAUACCCAUUCAUGAAUUUGAGAUUAUUGAGUUCAGCAGUACUGAUAUAUAACUGGCACCUUUUGAUCUAAUUCUGUCAAGUAGAACACACAAGACAUGAUGGGAUUGCACUGAGAAUCUCUGUAAUUUUUGCUUAAUGGUUGAGUUCUUCCUUAACCUGUUUCAAUAAACUGAGCAUUCAAUGGGA